AUGCUGUCUUUGAGUCAACCUUGUUUCUCAGGGACUCUCCUGAUGCUCUUGGCAGCAAACCCCCUUCUGUGGAAGAAUGUGGCCUCUGUGCCCAUGCAUGACAGUUUGACUGAAUAUAGUGAGAUGUCUCUACAUGACCUGCUUGAUCAUGCCAUCAUACUAUCUCAUAAUGUCAGUGAGCUCACUGCAGAAAUGCACAGGAUAUUUAUGGAGGAUGUGAGAUAUAAACCAGGCAGGUGGUUCUCUGAUAGUUACCUUACAGCCUGCCACACAUCAUCAAUUACUAUUUCAGUAUCUAAGGAGGGAGCCCAACAUAUGCCGGGUGUAUUCCUUGUGAAGGAGAUGAUCAAUAUGUUGGGAGCCUGGAGUUAUCCUCUGUAUCACAUAGCAACAGAACUGAGUUAUAUGGAGGAAGCCCCUGAUGAGAUCAUAUCGAGAGCCAAAAACAUUGACGAAAAAAUCAAAGCACUUAUAUAUGCUCUUAGAGGGAUACUUAGCAAGAUUCAACCUGGACCCCCAGAAAACGAGAGAUACCCCAUGUGGAAUGAACUGGCAUCCUUGCAGUCACCUGAUGAAGAACUUCGCCACUAUACUUUGUUUAACCUCUUCCAGUGCUUGGUCAAGGAUUCACGGAGGAUUGACUCUAAUCUCAGGCUACUGAAGUGUAAACUUAUCUAUAACAGAGAUUGUUAA